CCGAGGUUUCCGGUGAGCGGGAGUCGCCGGUUAUGACGACUCCCUCUCCCGAGCCGCCGUCUCCUCCUGCUCCGCGCUCCGCAGCCGCGGCUCCCCGGCUCCAGGCCUCUAGAUCCCGUCAAGGCAUGCAGGAGUGGAGCUGCUGGAAGACGUUGCCCAGGCACUGACCUUCGCGCAGCCCGCAUCCCUGCGCGCACGUGGGCUUCCUGCCAGGCCCCCGGGGCUGUACUUUCAUGCACCAGUAGCUACCGGUGUCGCCCCGUGCAAGUGCCUGCGUGCCCUCCGCCAAAGCCAGGUGGAGUGAGAGAGAGAGGAAAAAAAGAGAAAUCUUCUGGUCCACUCCCCAGAAGGCUACUACUGCCAGGGCAGCUUGUGCUGGAGCAGACUGAAGCCAGGAGCAAGGAGCUCCAUCCAGGUCUCCCACGUGGGUAGCAGGGGACCAAACGCUUGGGCCAUCCUCCGCUGCUUUCCCAGGUUUUCCAUAGCUGAAACAUUGCUGCAGCUUCUGCGAGAUUCUGGAGAUUAACAAGGUUUGGAAGUUGCUAUGUUAAUGCUCCUUGUCUUUGGAGCAUUGUUACUUCACAAAGUCCGGCUGAGUGGCCAAGAUGGGGCUGGCAGCAUCCCAGGAGAGCCAGUCUAUGAUUACAGCAGCAUCCGCCUGCCCGAGGAGCACAUUCCCUUCUUCUUGCACAAUAACAGGCACGUUGCCACCGUCUGUAAGAAAGACCCGCACUGUCCAUAUAAGAAACACUUAGAAAAUCUGAAGUCCUGCUGGGGAUAUGAGAAAUCCUGCAAAGCGGAGUUCAGGUUUGGUUACCCGGUGUGCAGCUACGUGGACAUGGCGUGGACGGACACGGUGGAGUCAGCCGAGGACAUAUUCUGGAAGCAGGCUGACUUUGGCUACGCCAGAGAGCGGCUGGAGGAGAUGCACACACUCUGUCGGCCUGAGCACACGGGUGACUCGAGUCUGGUUUGCUCGCGGUAUCUUCAGUAUUGCAGGGCCACGCAUCUCUACCUUGACUUGAGAAACAUCAAGAGGAACCACGACAGAUUUAAGGAAGACUUUUUUCAGAGUGGUGAAAUUGGCGGACACUGUAAACUUGACAUUCGUACGCUGAUGUCUGAAGGUCAACGCAAAAGCCCUCUGCAGUCUUGGUUUGCCGAGCUCCAAAGCUAUACCCAGCUUAACUUCAGACCUAUAGAGGAUGCGAAGUGUGAUGUUGUAAUUGAAAAGCCAACAUAUUUCAUGAAAUUAGAUGCAGGAGUUAACAUGUAUCACCACUUCUGUGACUUCCUCAACCUCUAUCUCACCCAGCAUGUCAAUAACUCCUUCAGCACCGACGCGUACAUUGUCAUGUGGGACACCAGCACUUACGGAUACGGUGACUUAUUUUCUGAGACGUGGAAAGCAUUUACUGAUUAUGAAGUUAUACAUCUGAAAACUUAUGAUUCCAAACGGGUGUGUUUUAAAGAAGCCGUGUUCUCGUUACUGCCUCGCAUGAGGUACGGGCUGUUCUACAAUACCCCUCUGAUCUCAGGCUGUCACGGCACUGGAUUGUUCAGGGCGUUCUCCCAGCACGUACUGCACAGACUGAACAUCGCACAGGAGGGACCCCAGGAUGGCAAAAUCCGAGUCACCAUUCUGGCACGGAGCACAGAGUACCGGAAAAUAUUAAACCAAAAUGAGCUUGUCAAUGCACUGAAAACAGUAUCUACAUUCGAUGUACAGAUUGUUGAUUACAAGUACAAAGAACUUGGGUUUCUGGAUCAACUCAGGAUCACUCACAACACGGACAUAUUUAUUGGAAUGCACGGAGCCGGUCUCACCCAUUUGCUCUUCCUUCCAGACUGGGCUGCAGUGUUUGAACUGUACAACUGCGAGGAUGAACGCUGUUACUUAGACUUGGCCAGGCUGCGAGGGGUCCACUACAUUACUUGGCAAAGGCAGAACAAAGUCUUCCCUCAAGAUAAGGGCCACCAUCCCACUCUCGGGGAGCACCCGAAGUUCACCAACUAUUCUUUCGACGUGGAGGAGUUUAUGUACCUGGUCCUUCAGGCCGCAGACCACAUAUUGCAACACCCCAAGUGGCCGUUCAAGAAGAAACGGGACGAGCUGUGAAUGCGUUGAGUCUGUUUGCCCAACACGGAGUAGUUAAGCGCUCGGCACCCAGACUCACCAUGAAAUAGGUGAAACAACCCGUUAUUCCCUAGCCCUCAAUGACCUUGUCUAUACCAAAACAUACCUGCAAGGUAUUGUUACGUGUUUUAGAGUCUUUAAGCGUUUUAUAUACUUUUUGUGUCAUUGCUAUGUGCCAGUAGCAAUCAUACUUUUGCACUGAAAGGUUUUCUUCUGUAAUUCAAAAGUUGGGGAUGCACCCCCUGCUGUGAUGGAGCUUUCUUCUUAGGGAUGCCAAAGUUUUCAAGCGGCUCAGCUUUAGAAGUUUUAAAGGUUUUUUUUUUUUUGGACAGGCAGAGUGGAUAGUGAGAGAGAGAGACAGAGGGAAAGGUCUUCCUUUGCCGUUGGUUCACCCUCCAAUGGCCGCCACGGCCGGCGCACCGCGCUGAUCCAAAGGCAGGAGCCAGGUACUUAUCCUGGUCUCCCAUGGGGUGCAGGGCCCAAGCACUUGGGCCAUCCUCCACUGCACUCCUGGGGGCAACCGGGACAGAAUCCGGCGCCCCAACCGGGACUAGAAUCUGGUGUGCUGGUGCCGCUAGGCGGAGGAUUAGCCUACUGAGCCACAGCGCUGGCCAAAGUUUUAAAGGUUUUUGCAAGAAUCUCAUGUGAUUGUAACUCCAGAGCAUAUAUAGUUGGGUAAGUUCACCACUGUUCUUUGAGUUGCUAUGAUCUGUUCCAAACACUAUUUGUGGUAGAAAAAGAAAACACGGACAAUACGCAUGCAAGCACGCACAGUACUGCUCUAGAGCACUGUGUUACAGACGAGUGUUAGUUCCAGGUUAUUGGCUUCAAGAGACUGAGUAAACCAGGCCGCUGUAGUCAUUAGUUAUUCACAUAUUUCAUGUUCAUUUCAUGGUUCUCCAAACUCUGACAACCACGUCUGAUAAAAGCGAAUUUAGGACUUCUGUGGGAUUGUUGUGUGUCUCUUCCAGCUGGUUCCCGUGCACGCCUUCCAGCUAUGGAGAGCAUCAUGCUACGUUUCUGUAUGAAAUACUGGUUUCCACUGUGCAAGGAUUUGUACCCUAUGUACCUGUGUGUGUGUGCGUCUACCUCGGCGGGCAUGUAAGCGUGUCAGCCUUUGAUUUUAUAGACUUCACAUUAGUUACAUAGUUACAUGUGGAGAACUUUUCCCUAUUAAAAAAGAUUAGACCAAAAAAUAAAAUAAAGGAUCAUAUGAAUUAUCUAAUCCACAAGCCAGAAGAAAAUGCCAGUGAUGAAAAUGGAUAACUGAGUUGUUGGGAAUGGGAUUUACCAUGGAUUUAUUUUACUGCAAAAUGUGAAGCUGGCAUUGUAUGAACACUUGAGUAGUCUAAUUUAGAGAUGAGAAUCUUCUGUUUUUCAAGGUAGGGAGGAGGUUAGCGAAUUACAGUGGAGCCCAAGGAUUCCCCCUCCCCCCAAUUUUAGAGUAGUUUUUAAAAAAGGAAAAUGCAGCACAUAAGUGAGUUGCAAAACAAGAUGUUUCUAUCUGACCUGGACAGAUGUUUGCUGAGCCCUGCUUUAAAAGAUUAUGAACAAUAGUCUUGUAGAGUUUAGGAAUAUUUAUUAAAAUAUCUGUAAAGAAAAUGGUGAAUCACUGUAGCAAUAACUUUGAUCUGGAUCUUAAAAUUGUACACAAAGAAGUAUGACCUUCGAGGGUACCUUGAGAAGCCUCUGGAAAAUACAAUUAAAAGAGAAGUUUUUUUUUUUUUUUUUAAAUUUGGUGCAAUUUUGAAGUUCAUGCAGUUUUUCCACAUUCUGCCUUUUUCAUGAACUUUUUGAAGAUUCCUUGUGUGCAUGGAUUUCAAAAUUUUUUUUGCAUCAAAAUAGACUUACCUUUUAAUUCUAUUUCCCAUGAACAUUUUUAGAAGUACCCUCAUAUGAUGAAUUUUUAAAUGACAGGUCUUGAUACUGUUCUUUGAGCAACUACUGAAAAAAUAUUUCCCAUGAAAGGAAUUGUAACAACUCGAUUGCAUUUUGAGGCCGUGAUGUAUAAAUAUCUGGAAAAAUUAUCUGGAACAAAAUCAAAGUGUCAACAUUUGUCUUCUUACCUCAUUUUAAGAAGAAGCACGUGGAAACGUGAUUCUGUAGACUAGUGCUAAUUUCAGAAAUUGAGAACAAUUUCAUAAAAAAGAGUUAUAUUUAAAUAUUUUGCAUUUAAAGAUUACAUUUUAUAAAAACAAGAAAAUCAUUUGACAUGUGAACUAUGAAGUUAAAUUUUUACCAGACUUUUUUGUGGAACAAAAGAUCUUCAAAUUGUAAGAAAAUUUAACAUGUAAAGACUGUUUUUACAUUAAGUUUUUAAGAGAAAUGCAUUUCAUUGU